AUGGACAGCCAACGUUAUUUAUCCUGCUCAGGAGCCAACACAGGUCACCCCAAUCUAAAUUCAAACAUCAAUUUCCUAUUGGAUUCCUUGAUCUCUCAUGCUUCCUCUCGCACUUUCUACACUGAGACCUCUAAUGGAAUCCAUGGCCUCUUCCUCUGCCGAGGGGAUGUUCCCAAUGAGACUUGUCGUACCUGCAUCGAAGGGGCUAGUCAACAAAUCAAGGUCGAUUGUGCAUCACAAACAAAUGGUACCAUAGGCUUUGAUGAAUGUAUGUUGAGAUUCUCAGUUGUGAACUUCUUUGGAAUUCUGGAGAUGUCUCCAAGAAUACUACUAUAUAAUAGUCUGAAUCAAUCUACUUUUGAAGACCGCGAUUUUGUCGAUCUUGCAUUGGUGUCUAAUUUAGUAAGAGAUGCUAAAAAUGCAAAUUCGAUGUUCAAGGAAGGUGAGGUAAAUAUAGUGGGGGUGGAUCAGAGAUUUGGAUUGGCACAGUGUACAAGAGAUAUUGGUAAGCGUGAUUGUGAGAUUUGUUUGACAAAUUUAGUGGAUUAUGCAAAGGGAUGUUGCCUAAGGCAACGAGGAUGGAGAGUUUUAGCCCCCAAUUGUAAUUUAAGAGUUGAGGCCUUUCGUUUUUAUGGAAUUCCAACUCCAUCCUUGCCUCUUGAUGAAGAAGGUGAGGGAAUGCACAGGAGGGAGCAGAACAAGGAUCAUAGUCAUCACCGUAUCAACAGUUGCCGCGACUGCAGUUCUGCUAGGCCUAUUGCUUGGCUCAUUUUUAUGGAGAAAAAAGAGACGGGGUAA